AGACUCGAAAGGAACUGAUCAAGAGCAUCCGGAUCACAGGGAACAGAGGAGAUCAGGGGUUCCGCUUUCAUUGCCUUCAGAAGGUUGUGUCUAGCUGGUCAGCAAGCUGUGGCUAGCUGAACGAUGCUCAAACUAGCUGCAUUGAGUUUAGUCUUCUAGAUUGCUUUUUAUGUUUUCAACGACGUUGGCACAAUGGCUGACGCAGGUUGCUUAACCAAGCAGACCACAGUUCCUUUCAGUUUAGGAGGUGAUCUCCAUCAUUUAAAAAGCACUAGAGACUGCUCAUCCAAUGCGGCUGCAUUGCUUGGCAAACGGCAGAUUCGACUACAACGCACCUUUACUUAUAGCAGGCAACAGUUUCAGGGAGUCCUGCCCGCUUUGACACAGCGUAAAUGCAAAGGAUUGCAACUCCAGGCUGUAGCGAGUACUGAUCAAGAGACGAAUUCCAAACCGGCGGUGCAAGAUCCAAAGACUCUGAAGGAGAAAAGGAAGUAUCUGCACUAUACACAGCCGUGGUUCUCAAGAGAGACAGUCCUCAGGAAAGAAGCGGACGGCAUUUGGACGCUCACGCAGCCGUUCCAAUUGGGCUUCGGACGCUUUGCAGAUGCAAGGUUAAGGGCGACAGUUGUGCAGUUGGAGGAUGGAACCCUGUGGGUGCACAGUCCCGUAGCCCUCACGGAAGAAUGUGCGGAACUGGUAACAUCUCUUGGCGGCCAAGUUGCUCACAUAGUCGUCCCGAACACGUCCCCCGAGCAUGCCUGGUUCAGCAAAGGCUGGGCCGACCGGUUCCCGGACGCCCGGUGGUACGCUCCCGUCCGCAUCGUCCAAAAACUGAGCCAAAGACUGGGGCGGCAAGUUCACGGGUUGGAAAAGAGUCAGGUACCCCCAGCCUGGGCGAGCGUCCUCCAGGCGGUAACGUUCAGCACUGGCGCUAACGGUGAAUUUCAAGAGGACCUCUUCUUCCAUACACGGGAGAAGGCCUUAAUCGUGGCGGAUAUGCUGGUGUGUCUAGACGACGAGCAACUGCCGACCGGGAUCAACAAGUUCAUGGCACAGAGUUUGGGCGUGCGCAAAGAGCUUGGCAUGCUAAUCCCAUUCAGACUGUACCUGGGCAAGUAUCCGGAGGCUGCAAAGGCGUUCUGCAAUGCUCUUUCCAAGCUGGACUUCUCAUGGAUCAUUUUCAGCCACGGAAGCAUUCCCGUGAGGGCAGGCAAGGACGAUAUCAUGCGAGUGUACAACACUUACUUAUAGAAAGAGACGUUACAAGCAGACGCCUUGCCAUAUAAGUAAGCUUAUUAGCAUGGAGGCAAAACCAACUGACUGUACAUAGUUGCAAUUCAAAUAGGCACUCACAGGACAUUUAUUGCCAAACACUUCAGGUACAAGCAUGCAAAGCUCAAGGUAGAGUGCAUGCUUGAAAUAGAACUCUUCAUGCUAGACAUUGGCCUAUGUGUUGCACGGCAGUGAGCAUUUCAAGGACCCGUUCAAAAUCCCUCAAAAAACGAUUUGCAGGAGUAUAUAUGGCUUCCGAAGAUAAAGCUAAGGAGACUUAGUGAGAUUCUGCAAUCAGCCACUGAGUGGCUCAUAUGCCACGCGUGCAAGUGCAAAAAUCGAACGCACGUGCCAACUUCAGGCACCAAUACCUUGCCCAGAUGGAAAUGCACGA